AAUUCUCCCACUUCUCCCACCCAACUCAAUUCCUCUCCAAUCAGAAUCUCCAUCGCCGCCGUCUUCUCCGGCCAUCCGCCAAAUUCGCCGCCGAUGGAGAACAUUCUCGACGAGUAUCAGUACUACUGGGAAACGAACAUGUUUCUGCAGACGGAAGAGUUCGACAGUUGGGGAGUGGACGAAGCGUUUUACGGUUCUUACGAUUCAAGCUCGCCGGACGGAACGCCGUCGUCGUUAGAGGCGUCGAAGAACAUCAUGUCGGAGAGGAAUCGGAGGAAGAAGCUGAACGACAGGCUUCUGGCUCUCAGAGCUGUGGUCCCUAAUAUCACCAAAAUGGACAAGGCAUCGAUAAUAAAAGACGCGAUCGAGUACAUCCAAGAGCUGCGAGCGGAAGAGAAGAGAAUCGAAGCGGAGAUCUCAGAUCUGGAAUCAGGCAAAAUCAAGAACAGAGCAACAAACGAAGACUAUGACGGAAUCUUGAGGGAGAAGAGAACGAAUAAGAAUCGGCAAGUACCGGAGCCGCCGCCGUCUUUCCCGAUCGAAGUUCUCGACUUGAGGGUGAAUUACAUGGGAGAGAAGACGAUGAUGGUGAGCUUGACGUGCGAAAGAAGGAGCGACACCAUAAUGAAAAUCUGCCAAGUUAUUGAAUCGCUUAAGAUGAAGAUUAUUACGGCCACCAUCACCAUUGUUGCCAACAAGCUUUUGAUCACGCUCUUCCUUGAGGAGGAGAUAGCGGAGGAAGAGGAAGUAAAGGUAAAAAUAGAAGCAGCAAUUGCAGCAAUUAGUGACCCACAAAACCCUAUAUGAUGAGCAUUUGGUGAACCACAUGGACAUGUUUUGUGUGUCUCACAGCUUUGUCAUCUAACUAAUAUCUAGUACAAUUGUUUCUCCUUUCUCUCUCUUUCUCAA